GAGCUGCGCUGGCUCUCAGGCUGCUGGCAGCCCUGUCAAAGCACUGGCACUCUCGUUUCUGCCAGUGAUGCUGCUGGGGGCUUUGAGAGCCACUGGUGUGUCUGAAGGCUGAUGCCUGCCUGCCUUUUUCCUGGAUCGAGCCCAUUUAAAUCAGACUGGUUCCGCUCAUAGGAGUCACCAUGCAAGACGUUUCUUUGACCGAGAUCGGUUCCUGGCACGGGAGCAGUGCCGGAAGCAGGCGCCUGCAGCUAAUCUCACUUUCAGGAGAGGCAGCGAGGAGGAGCAGUGCUCAUUAUUCCCUUCGAGUGUGCCUGAGCUCACCCGCGUUGUUUGUGCACCGCACUGCAAUGAGCCUAACCCCUCCUUUACUACGCGGCGCUGGCUGGAGUACCUGCUGGUCUCCAAACGUCACGAGGCUCCGCUUAUAAAGCACAGGCAGCGCAUCUUCCCCCUGCUCUGUCCCUCCAAGAGGCGCAUCUUUGAGAAGCAAGCUCUGCGCAGGCAGAAAGAUGUUUUAUUCAGGUAUUCUGACAGAGCCGAGUAGAAAAGAAGUGGAGAUAAGGGAAGCUGCGUCUCUCCGCCAGCAGAGGAGGAUGAAGCAGGCGGUUCAGUUUAUUCACAAGGAUUCUGCAGAUCUUCUUCCUCUGGAUGGGCUGAAGAAGCUGGGGACUUCGAAAGACACCCAACCGCACAAUAUCCUGCAGAGGCGCUUAAUGGAGACAAAUUUAUCAAAACUGCGAAGCAGCCGGGGCAGCUGGACUCCGAAGAGUGACAUCUCAGCACAGACCAAUAAGUUGAAUCAGACCAAACUGGGCAGCUCCAGGAAAGUGGAGGAUGAGGAGUUCAUAGUGGUGAGCUGCCAGUGCGCUGGGAAGGAGCUGAAGGCCGUGGUGGACACGGGCUCGCAGCACAACCUGAUGUCGUCCGCCUGCCUGGACAGGUUGGGGUUAAAGGAGCAUCUUGAAGCGCUUCCCAGUGAGGAGGAGGCAAUUUCCUUACCACGCAACCAGAGGGUCAUCGGCCAAAUUGCCCAUCUGGUCCUGACGGUGGGAGCGGUCCGCGUGGAGUGCGCCGCGCUCGUCGUGGAAGACAAUGAGAAAUCCUUCUCCUUUGGCCUGCAAACACUGAAAUCCCUGAAGUGUGUCAUAAACAUGGAGAAGCACCAGCUUGUUCUGGGGAAGACAGACAGGGCAGAAAUCCCAUUUGUGGACAGCAUCGGCACUGGAACGGGAGAGCACACUUUGGAGGCGUAAAGAGGAAUUGAAAUGCGGUCCCUCCACAAGAGCUUGACAUCAAAGAGAUUCCGUGCAGCUGUUCCAGACGAAACAGCAACGCACUGCUUU